AUGCCGGUCCCCGAGAUGGCGGUGAGCCCGGUGAAGUGCCUGUCGUGGUCGUCCCUCCCCCCGAUGUCGCAGCGGCGUGUGUACUGUGCGGCGGUGCGGCUGCAGGGGGCGCUCUACGUGCUGGGCGGCUGCGGGGAGGGGGGGGUCCCUCUGGACGCUGUGGAGGUGCUGGACGUCGGGCAUCAGAGCUGGACCUCACUGCCCGCCCUGCCCACGGCGAGGGCGGGGGCGUCGGCCGUGGUCACACAGGGGGGGCAGGUCAUGGUGCUCGGGGGGAUGGAUCGACAGCAGACGCCGCUCGCCUCCGUGGAAGUUUACCAUCCAGACGAAGGGAAGUGGGAACGCCGAGCCGGGCUGGGACAACCCGCCAUGGGGGUGACGGCCAUCGAGAGAGAUGGUAAAGUCUACGCGUUUGGAGGUAUGGGAGCAGACACUUCCCCUCAGGCUCAGGUGCGUCUGUACGAGCCUCUGAAGGACCAGUGGUUGCCCCUCCCCUCCAUGCCCACGCCCAGAUACGGCGCCACUGCCAUCUCCCGCGGCAACAAGAUCUACGUCAUGGGUGGUCGUCAGGGGAAGCUGCCUGUGACGGCUCUGGAGUCGUUCGAUGUGGAGGUCAGAGGCUGGACGCGGCUCCCGAGCGUCCCCAGCAGGAGGGCCUUCUCUGGGUGCGCCUGGUCCGAGCGCAGCUUCUUCAGUCUGGGGGGUCUGCAGCAGCCGGGACCCCACAACUUCUACUCCAGACCGCACUUUGUCAGCACCAUGGAAGAGUACGAUGUAGAACACGGUUCCUGGCUGAAGCCCAGUCGCACGACCCGGAUGAGAGAAAAAAGAGCUGAUUUUGUGGCGGGGUUUUUAGGAGGACGAGUCAUCGCCAUCGGAGGAUUAGGUAACGAGCCGUCCCCGCUCUCCUCAGCAGAGAGCUAUAACCCGGAGAAACGGCGCUGGGAGCACGUGGCUCCGAUGCCGACGGCUCGCUGCUCCUCGGCGCUGCUCCAGACCGACUCCAUGCUGUUUGUGAUCGGAGGGGUUUCCCAGGGGCCCAGCAACGCCGUGGAGGCUCUGUGUCUGCACGAGGACGUCUGA